CUUCUGCGUCAGCUACUCGUCUUUGCUUUGCAGGGCGCAAACGGGCCUGUCGCCCGGUUCCUAAUCCCGCGUGCCAGGUUUCAUCAUGUUCCAGGCAUUCAGACAUUCAGGUGGUAGGCAUGGGCACCAACUGUUCAGGUGCCAGCAUUAUCAUAAAUCUGUGCUGGCCAUCAGGAGGGAGGAUGUUAACGCCUGGGAAAGAAGAGCACCUCUGGCCCCACGGCAUGUCAAAGCAUUAGCCGGCCUGGGAUACAAGGUUCUGGUGCAGCCAUCUAACCGAAGGGCCAUCCACGAGAAGGAUUAUGUCAAAGCUGGUGGCAUUAUACAGGAAGAUAUUUCAGAGGCCUGUCUGAUUUUAGGUGUGAAAAGACCUCCAGAGGAUAAACUAAUCUCCAAGAAGACGUAUGCAUUCUUCUCUCAUACUAUUAAAGCCCAAGAGGCAAAUAUGCCCUUGUUGGAUGAGAUCCUAAGAAAGGACAUUCGAUUAAUAGAUUAUGAGAAAAUGGUGGAUCACAGAGGUGUGCGAGUUGUAGCCUUUGGAAAGUGGGCUGGUGUUGCAGGUAUGAUCAAUAUUUUACAUGGAAUGGGAUUACGUUUUCUUGCUCUGGGUCACCAUACACCUUUCAUGCACAUUGGAAUGGCCCAUAACUACAGAAACAGCAGCCAGGCUGUGCAAGCAGUUCGGGACUGUGGCUAUGAAAUUUCAUUGGGCUUGAUGCCGAAAUCUGUUGGCCCCAUAACAUUUGUGUUUACAGGUACUGGCAACGUUUCUAAGGGUGCUCAAGAAAUGUUCAAUGCACUCCCAUGUGAGUUUGUAGAGCCCCAUGAGCUGAAGGAGGUCUCCAGAACUGGAGACCUCCGAAAAGUGUAUGGGACUGUGCUCAGUCGACACCAUCACCUUGUAAGGAAGAGCGAUGGGGUAUAUGACCCUGUGGAAUAUGACAAGCAUCCGGAGUGCUACACAUCUCGUUUUAACACUGAUAUUGCACCCUAUGCGACUUGUGUAAUCAAUGGGAUCUACUGGGAGCAGCAUACCCCACGUUUGCUAAGCAGGCAGGAUGCACAGAGACUUCUGACACCGCUCAGACCUUCGGCUUCAGCUACUGAAGGCUGCCCAGAAUUACCACACAAGCUCGUUGCAAUUUGUGACAUUUCGGCAGACACUGGUGGAUCAAUAGAAUUCAUGACGGAAUGUACCACGAUCGACAGCCCCUUCUGCAUGUAUGAUGCCGACCAGCACAUUAUUCAUGACAGUGUGGAAGGACUUGGGAUUUUGAUGUGUUCCAUUGAUAACUUGCCAGCUCAACUUCCCAUAGAAUCGACAGAAUGUUUUGGAGACAUGCUUUUCCCUUAUAUUGAAGAAAUGCUGUUAUCGGACGCCUCUGAGCCCUUGGAGAGCCAGAAUUACUCACCUGUUGUUAGAGAUGCAGUGAUUACGUCCAAUGGUUCAUUGACUGAUAAGUAUAAGUAUAUCCAGAAACUGAGGGAGAGCAGGGAGUACACUCAGUCACUGGCCAUGGAUAAGAAGAAGAAAGUCUUGUUACUGGGAUCUGGGUAUGUCUCUGGGCCUGUGAUAGAAUACCUCUUGAGAGACUCCCGCGUCGAAAUAACAGCAGCGUCUGUCAUGAAGGAGCAGCUUGAGCAACUGGCUAAGAAGCACAGCCGUAUAGUUCCUGUUUUUAUGGAUGUCACCAAAGACGAAGAGAGAUUAUCAUCCAUGGUGAAGAAACAUGAUCUUGUGAUCAGUUUGCUGCCUUAUUCAUUCCAUCCUUCAGUUGCUAAGAAAUGUAUUGACAGCAAAGUGAACUUGGUAACUGCUAGUUACCUGACACCAGCUAUGAAAGAGCUGCAGCAGAGUGUAGAGGCUUCUGGCAUCACAGUUAUCAGUGAAGUAGGUCUGGAUCCUGGUCUUGAUCAUAUGCUGGCAAUGGAGUGUAUUGAUAAAGCGAAAGAAGUGGGUGCUACAGUGGUAUCUUACACAUCUUUCUGUGGUGGCCUACCUGCUCCAGAGCAUUCCGAUAAUCCCCUGAGAUACAAAUUCAGUUGGAGUCCACAAGGUGUUCUGCUGAAUACUGUUCAGCCUGCCACAUAUUUAAAAAAUGGAGAGAUUGUUAAUAUUCCAGCUGGAGGAGCUUUGCUUGAUUCUGUUACUGUCAUGGAUUUUUUCCCAGGAUUAAAUUUGGAAGGUUUUCCAAACAGGGAUAGUACCAAAUAUGCUGAACCCUAUGGUAUUCAAUCAGCUCACACUCUUUUAAGAGGGACGUUACGAUACAGCGGUUAUUCUAAAGCUGUAGGAGGCUUUGUAAAAUUGGGAUUAAUAAACACAGAGCUGUGCCCUCUGCUGAGUGCAGAAGCACCUUCUACAAAAUGGCAAGAGCUGAUGUGUAAGCUUCUGGGGCUUAAGCCAUCUGUCAAAUUGGAUGAUCUCCGAGAAGUCGUCUACAAUAAACUGGACAAGGAUGAAAGGCAGCUGGAAGCAAUAGAAUGGUUGGGAUUGCUUGGAGAUGAGCCUGUUCCAAGAGCAGACACUAUAGUGGGUGCACUGGCCAAGCACAUGGAGAUCAAGCUGUCUUUUGGCACUGGAGAACGAGAUAUGAUAGUUAUGAGAAGUGAAAUAGGAAUCAGCCAUCCAUCUGGUCAUUUGGAAGACAAACACAUCAGUCUGGUGGUGUAUGGUGAUGCUAAAGGAUAUUCUGCAAUGGCUAAAACCGUAGGGUAUCCUACAGCCAUCGCAGCCAAAAUGGUGCUUGAUGGGGAAAUUAACACCAAAGGCAUGGUAAUCCCACUGACGAAGAAUGUAUAUGGACCAAUACUGGAACGAGUUCAAGCUGAAGGCAUUGUAUAUAAUAUCCAGAGCGUUAUCAAGCAAUAAAUAACCGUUUGUCUUUUUGGAUGGGGAAGGGUUUACUAUCUGUCACUAGUUUUCAAUGCAUAACUCAAAGCAAACUGUCCAUAGGCAUGACCCAGCGCAAGGUGCUUCUGCGCAAGCCCCACUGAAAUGAACCAGAAAUGCUCACGUACUCCCAAAUUGAAUCACUUUUGUGCAGAUCCCAUGGAUUUGGACAGGGCUUGUACAAGAGAACUUUCUGGGGAAGUGCCCCAUUCUUUUUACAAAAGUACUUUCACAGGUAUCCACCUGUCAAGUCAUUGUCAUCAUCUCCAUUCAGUCAUCAUCUGGGACAGUAUUUGCCUUCAAAAGAGAAAUCCUUUAUACUGAACCUGUUCUGCCAAUGCCAAAACAUUUUUAUUGUAUUUUUAAAAAAUGUUGCAGUAUUGUUACGUGUAAGUAAUUCAAGGCUUUGUUUUUCAGAGGUGAAUUUGUCUUUAAAAUGUACAAGGGCUGACAAAAACUGUAAUAUCUUCUUUGUGAGCCCAGACUGGGAUAUUUGUUCACUAAUUUAUGAUAUAUAGAGAGGCCCCAGUUCUCAGACUGCUUAUUCUGAGGAACUAUUAAAGUCAGUCAACAUUUUCAGAAUAAGUAACUAGAUAAUUGUUUCUUUUAAGAAUGUAUAUAAGGAAACUUUUCAUCUUUCCAUUAUUUAUUUUGGGGGGCAACAGUCACUUUAUGGUGAAAUCCUUGGGAAUAAUCAUCUUAUGAACCAGUUUAUGGAACACUCUGAUCAAGAAUCUGGUUUUCCUGCUUACAGAGUAGUUAGGGAGCCAAACAAAAGGCCCAUUCCCAAAGCAUUCCUCCAUAUUAUGAGAUAUUUUCAGCACUUACAGGUCACUGCUGGCAUUUGAAGUGUAAUGGAUCUUAUCUAGAUAAGAGCUCUGUGUGAGGUCUUGAAGAAUCACAGCAAAUUGGAGUAGGCAAAACUUUACACAAACCAAUGGAACAAGGCAGCUUGGUACAUUCAAAUAAUGCUUUGGUAGAUGUAGUUAUGGGAAUUGAUUCUCUACGGUACAACAGAAAGGACGCUUCUAUUUAAUUUGUCCUUUUAGUGCCCAGAAAACCAUAUACAUCACAAGACACUAUAAAAAAAGAAACAUGCUGCGUUUUAAAUAUUUUAGUAAUAUAUUAGACAUGAAAGCUUGCAUAGAAUAUUCUUUUUUAUU